AUGGAACUAGCACAAGACCCUCCAAAAAAUACCAGUGAUGGCACAGCUAUUGUCACUGCAGCUGACACUUCUGUGAAUUUCCAUAAACACACCAAAUGGCUGGCUCAUAAAAAGCAGUAUAUUAUUCACAUAAUACUAUUGACUACUUUAAUUUGUCUUUUCUGUGGUAUAUUAUUUAUGGUUUUUGUUCGACCUCGUAAAACCAUACCUGAAAAAGUAAUAUAUUCCAAAGAAAUCUUCAAAAACGGAAGUGAAACAAAGAAGCAGUCAAUCCAGACUACUAAACUGCCCUUGGUUACGGUAUCAAAAAGCAGAAGUAGUGAAGCAACUCCGACAAGUGGAAAGGUCAAGUCCACUACGAGUGCAGUAGAAAUCACAGCUCUGCAGGAAGCAGAAGAAUUUAAUGCUGCACAUACAAGUUUCAAUUUUUCAUCCGCAACAACAAGCGUAAACUAUGAAGGUUUUGAUUUCACGCAGUGUAUUACUGUUUCAACUGAAAACAAAAAUUGUCACCGUCAAAUCCAUCGUAAAAGUUUUCAAAAUGAUGAAAAUAUACCAACAGAAGAUUUGGUGGCUGAUUUAGGUCAUUUUAUGGGAUGGUAUCCAAAGCAUUAUAAUCUUAAUAUAACUGUUAAUCGAGUUUCUCAAGUAUCUUUCACAGGAAGUGUAGAAAUAUAUAGUAUUGCUACAGAAACAACUUCGUCGAUAUCUGUGCACGCUGGUCGAUUGAUUUCUGAAAUUGGCUUAUCACAGAUAUCAGCUCAUAAUUGCCAUACAGGUAAGGUUUACUGUGCUGUAUCGAUUGUUUACCAUCAGAGGUAUGAAGUGUUAUCAGUGGAGUUUGCGGAGCCAAUCAGUGCUGGCGAUAUUAUUGUCUUGCAGAUUCAGAAUUUUUCAAGUUUCGGUGCUUCAGACGGUCUUAUUGUUAAAAGUCCUGAAGUAUGGGAACCAAAACGACCAUGGACAGUAACAACGUUUUUCCAACUUCGAAAUGCUCGAACGGUUUUUCCAUGUUUUGAUUUGCCAGUCAUGAAAGCUAGCCUGAAUUUAUGCGUGAAUCAUCCAUUUGGUACGGAAGCAAGGUCAAAUACAAAAUUAUCGCAUAUUUCAAAAAAUUUGAAUGAAAUUGAGUCUUGUUUUGAGCGUACGCCACCACUGAGCAGCUAUGUGUACGCAUUUACUGUUUUUGAUAAAAUGAGUUCAUUGAAAGAUGCCGCUAAACCUCAUGAAUAUUUACCAGAGGUUGAGGUACUGUAUUCUGAGGAAGACAGUAUUGUCAAGCCCGAUUGGAUAAGCACGGAAACAGUUCAUGCACUAAAAGUAAUGGCAAAUAUUAGUAAUUUUCGAUAUCCCUUAAACAAACUCAGCCUAAUGGCAUCUUACUUACCAGUUUAUGGACUUGAAAAUUUGGGUCUGGUCAUUUUGGAUGAGCGAUUUGUAGCGUAUCCAAAAUAUCGUCUAGCUCACACUAUUCUUGCGCACGAAAUUGCGCAGCAUUGGAUUGGCAGUAUUGUUACUGUGAAGAAAUGGAAGGAAAUUUGCUUACAGGAAGGAUUAAGUACUUACCUGGAAUGGAUAAUAACAGCCAGUUUUGAUAAUUCCACGUAUCUUAAUGAACUAAUCAACGAGAAACGGCGGGAAAGUAUUACAAAGGACAGUACAACUUCCACAAUAAUCAUUUCAGAUUUUCAAUCCUAUCAAGAUAUUUCACGAUGCUUUGAUAAAUCGGCUAUAUUUUUCGCAAUGCUUGAACUUGGAUUUGGACCAGGAACAGUUGUAAGACUUGUAAGGAUUUUGAUGCAACGUUAUUCAUAUGCAAAUGCUGGAUUUGCAGAAUGGCGAAAAGUGAUCGAGGAGGUUUCUGGUAAUGUUGUAGCUGGAGAAUUCUUCGAGAAAUAUUUUACGCAGCCUGGGUUACCACUUAUCCACGUUUCAUCUACCUCGCAACAAUUAACGCUUACGCAAGACAUCACUGCUUUAAAGCAGCCAAUAAAUGCAAAUGUUACCACUGAUGCCUCGCCUACACGUAGUACACUCAUAUUAACUGAAAAAAGACAAAUGUUCGAAGUGAAGAAUGCUGGAUUGGUAGUGGUUGACCCUGAUGGACGCACUCAUACGGUCAUUGUGUAUGAAAUAGAAAUUUACUCCAAUUUUACUAACUGCCUUCAACAGUCCGCAUGCCAGGUGCUUCUGAAGCCGGAAACUAUGAAACGAAUUUUGGAUGACUUUUGCUGGGCACUGCUAGCUGAUCAUUUUUCUGUCCCUGAAGAUCAGCCUGAUAAAGCUCAAGUUUGGACUCAAUUCAUGGACACUUUUUCUCAAACUAAUUAUGUUCGUGGCGUAUGUGCUUGCUGUAUGAAUAAAAAGCUAGAAAAAUCUGGCACUAUCAGUUGUAGAUGGCACUGGAGAGAUGUAUGUGAAAAUCUUCGAUUAAUUAAACAAAUCCGGUACCUAACAUUAUGA